CCAUGGAGAGGUGAUAGAUGUCGGGAGUGCUUGAAAGUGUUACUUCGCUGUUAGAACCGAGUAUUUGGUGUAACUGACGUGAAGCCUAAGAAGUGGAAUCUGCAAACGUUCCCAAAGUUACCGAUGUUGGAUACCAAAAAAAGCAACAAUAUGAACACAACAUGUACAACUUCUGUGCCUCUGACCAGUGCAAGCAUUUCCACAGUGGUGAACAGUGAUUACAGAGAAAAUUGUAUAUCAGACGAAAAUUCUUGCAUUAGCAUUUGGCAGAGAGGGCCUCUUCUUCCACAGAUACCGGUUGUCUCUGUGAAACAAGAACCGAUGGACACUGAGCACAGAUCACACAGCCCAAAUGAUGAUUCUGGUAUUUCACCUGGCAGCAGCAGUGUUGGACGACCAUCUCCUGGACAGAGUGGUUCAUUUGGCUCUCCAGAACAUUUUGGUGUUCAAGAAAACCAAGGAAUUAAAUCUGAACUUAACACAGAGUCAAAUACAUCAUCCAGUCAGUGCCCACACAGUCAGCAGCGUACAAACCAAAACAUGUGGGGGAUAAAUCCUUUGCAGCACUCUCACGAUCAGUAUAUAGUGUCUGCAUCGUUAAAAACCGCAGCAAGCAACACAAACUUAGAGCGCAGUAUACUGAAACCUGUACCACAAACCUCCGUGUCCGAAGCAGACCAUCCUCAUCAGCAACAAAAUACAAGCCCUUCAUCCAGAAUUCACGUAACCCAAACCCACACUCCUAGCACAUCGCCGCUGCAAAUCUUAAAUUCAAUGGCAAACAGAAGCCCUGUUAUCAGUCAGAUUACGGCUUCUCCAAGUCGCUGUACCCAGAGCCCCAUGUUUGAUUCUCCUGUAAGAAUUUUAUCACACAACACGAAGACCCCUCCCAUAGCCAAUACAAAUGCUCUUCCAGGAUUAAAUUCCAGUCUUUCUGAUGAUAAUAGUCGAUCAUCAACAUCAUCAUCUACAAUGAUGGUAGAUGGAGGAAAUGAGUAUUUCAAGAUGACAUUGCCUGAAGGAGAGCAGUAUCCACUAAGGUGUCUAGAGAUGGCCGUGGAGCAAUCAUCUAUCAUGGGCGGCAUGAGAGGUGACGGAGAAGCUGCGUCAGGGACUGGAGCUGGCAAUAAUGGAGUUAGAAAUAUAUACCAGUGCCCUCUUUGUGAUUAUACUACACUCUCAAGGAUUGACUUCAAUGACCACAACAGAAUCCACUGCCCUGACCAGAAGUGCACCAAGUGUGAUUUUGUCACCAAAGACGUAGUAGAGCUUGAGACACAUCUUCGUGAGAAUCAUAUGAUAUCCCCAGGACUUGCUGAGCAAAUGAUUGAGGCUAAGGAAGAGCAGUCUGGCAUUCGAGUACCACGGGUAAAUUCUCAAGGAAAAGUAAAGACUUUCCGGUGCAAGCAAUGUGCUUUUGUUGCUAUAACAAAGAUGGAAUUUUGGAAUCAUUCUCGAUGCCAUAUCAAGAAAGAAAAAAUGCUUAACUGCCCGAGGUGCCCAUUUGUUACAGAGUAUAAGCACCAUUUGGAGUAUCACCUUCGGAAUCACGUUAAUUCAAAGCCAUUCCAAUGCCUGCAUUGCUCAUAUACAUGCGUCAAUAAGUCAAUGCUAAACUCCCACCUGAAAUCCCAUUCAAAUGUGUGUCAAUACCGAUGUGCUACCUGUGACUAUGCCACCAAAUACCUUCAUAGUCUCAAGGUCCACUUGCGUAAAUAUAAACAUUCUCCUGCUACAGUGCUCAAUCCAGAUGGUACUCCAAAUCCAUAUCCAAUCAUUGAUGUUUAUGGCACUCGUCGUGGUCCAAAGCAACGCCCUAGGAACACGAUGAAAUCUACAUCUAAGGAGAACAAUGAUAUUCCUUUACCUUCUCAUGCACCCCUGCCAUUACCAUUAUUCCAGCCUUCAUAUGGAGUCAUUUCUCAGCAAUCUGGAAAACUUCCUAUACCAUACCCAUAUGGCUGUACGAUACCCAAUGCCUUUUCAACUAACAAAAACAACAAUAAUAAUCAUAAUUCUCUCUUGCCUGCAUUCCCACAUAAUGGUAUCAUGAAUACAGAAGACAAAGGCAGUGAUGAUUCUGAUUCAAAGAGGAAUUCAUCUGAUGAAAACUAUGAUCAUUUCCUUGUAGCCACUUCCCAGUAUUACCACAUGAACAAUAACACCAUCAUCAACAACAACAACAACAGUGUUAGUGAUUCAAAUGCUAUGAAGGAAACGACUCCGGAAAAAUCUCUCCAGAAACAGCAUUCAGAUGAAACAAUCAGACUAAGCACUGGAGAACAUGUACAGUUUCUUAACAGAACAGUGGAUCCAUUAGAUCCAUUAGAUCUCAGCAAACCUGAAGCAAUGGUUGUCAGUCCAGAAGCUUCUGCCAUGCCUUCUGUAUUACAAAAAUCAACAUUAAUGAAAGCUGCAAAGCAUCGACGCAAAGGUCAAGCAUAUAAGUUAGAUCAUAUUUCAAGGAAACUCCAGCAGGCGAGCUUUUCAGACAAUAAAGGAGAAAACAAAAACUACUCUCGUGUGUCUGAAAGUCAAGAGAAACCUUCAUCACCUGACAGAACUGAUCAUCUGACGAACACAGAUAUUACUUUAGAAGGGAAUAUACAACGCAAGCAACAACCAGAGUCUGAGUUAAUGAAGGUUAAUGAAGAUUUGUCAAAAGGUAAAGCAGAAGAUAAAAGUACUCAGGAAAAUAAUUCAGCAUCAGGAAAUAGUUCUGAAGUGUAUCACUGUAUCUACUGUGAUAUUACAUUCAAUGACGUUGUCUUGUACAGCAUGCAUAGAGGAUACCACGGGUACCAGGAUCCAUUCAAGUGCAACAUGUGUGGUACACAAACAGCUAACAAAGUGGACUUCUUCCUCCACAUUGCACGCUCGUCUCAUUCUUAAGUGGGUGAAUUAGAAGAACUACAGAAUACAAGUUCAUUGAAGUGAUUUUUCCUUUUGCCCUUUUAGUCUAGUCACUUCCUUGAUAGGUUACCAAAUGACGUUAGUUCAACACUGGCUAAAGAUUGAUGUAAUUGAUCAGUGAGAGUAGAAUUAGUCCAGCUCAAUGAGCUUUAUUUUACUCCUGGAGUGGGACAUGAGAUAGGUACUUUGACAUAAAAACACACAAUUGUUCAAUUUCAUUUAUUAGACGUUUUUCAUUUCAAAGUGAAAUAAUUCUUCAGUGUAAUUAAAAAGUCAACCAUUUCAUGUUUCAAUUAGCGUUUUAAAAUUUGAGUGCAAUUUCUUCUAAUUUUUAUAGCUAGUCAGUAUGAUGACUAGGCUAUGAGCUUAAUGAUCAGGGUUCAAUUCCUGGCAUAGUCAGGGACACUUCUCUAUCAAUGUCCCCAGACAGGUUCUGUAGCCCACCCAGCCUUCUAUCCGAUAAGAACCGGGAUGCCAUUCCUGGAGAGGGUAAAAUGGCUGGAGCAGCAUAUGUACCUCCAGUGUCCAAGGCAAAAUGCUUCCACUCUGUUCAUUU